CCCUUCUACUACGAAGAACAGAGAGGGCGAACUGAAACGCGAAAGCACUCGAGCCGCCAUUGGCGACAACACGACGAGAGCACGACUCCACUCUAGAGCAGAGCGUGCCCGGGGAAGAGGGGGAGAUGAGCGGGCUGGAGCAGGAGCUGGGCCUGAGCCUGGGCGUCCUCAUCGACGUCGUCGACGAGCAGUGGAUGCGCGACACCCUUCCCGCCGAGGACAUCCCCGUGCCGCCGGCCAUGGCCGUGAAGACAGAGGACGCCGAGGACCCCGCGCCCGCCAAUCCAGAAAGCCAACCAGCACAAGGGGAUGUAUGGCGUGAUUUUGCCUUGGAAAAUCUCUGAUCUUUCAUGCUCUACAAGUGCCUCUAGAUGAAGAUUCUACGCUGUGUGGUACAUCACGGUUUCUGCGCUGCGCAAAUGUUUGUCUGAACUUAAUUCAUUAUCUGGUUUAUGCAGUUCCUCCAGAUAUGGGCAUUGAACCUUGUGUUGGCCUGUUAUAACUUAUAAAACUCAAUGGUGAUGAUGAGAGCAAUUUAGUUAUGCGAGUGAUCCAGAUCUUAGCUGCAUGUUGUAACCGAACCUUGUUAAUACCUACUGCUGAGUUUCUUUUCAUAAACUUUUGGAGCUCAUGUUUGAUUACUAGUGUUCUCAACCUA